AUGGACCCCGCAUCCCUACCCCGUCUUUACACUCUCCCUAACGAAGUAUUCGUCCAAAUAUUCACCCCAUUCUCCACCCGCGAUCUGCUCCCCCUCACAACAGUCUCACGUCGGUUUCAUGCCCUAAUCCUGCGAAUCCUCCACUACCGCCUCUUAGUUUCAGCUUCCCUCAAGGAGUACAAGCUCAUUCUCGAAUGCUUUCAUCCGACGUCAAAACUCGUCGAGCCGCACGUCUUCUGCAAAUACCUCGGUACUGACGGACUCAGUGACCAGUACGAAGGGAAAGGGUCGCUCUACGAGGAUGUCGACGAAGCCCAACGGCUGGGCCGACUGAGUUCUCUCUACUCGCGUUUCCGCCCGGAAGCUACAGUGGAUGAGCGAAAUAGCGGAACGAGACUACUCUCAUCAUGGGGGAUUGGCGGUGAAUCUCGGGAGGAUAACUUGCUAGUGACGCGUCCUGUCAAUCUGGAGGUUUUUGAGAACUUCUCACAGCUGUGUAUUGUGGUGAACAUUGUUAAAGUGAUUCCGGACAGUAGUCUUCUGCUCAGUGCCGUCACCGUGGAGGAUGAGGUCGUGCGGUUGUUCCAAGACUGGCUACAAGAUGCUGUGAGACGUAGGGAACACCUGGAAAAUCACAACGAUCCGUAUUCAAGAGGAACGACAGAAGAAUCUCAUGCAGACAACCGCAUGGAUGGUAGUCAGAUGCUCUGGGCUGAUCAAGCGCGCAAUGUUGGUCUGAAGGUUCGGGUGCGGGAAAAGAGAGAAGUCAGCGAGACUGCUCCAAUUCUUGUUCAUCGCGACGAAGAACCUGCAACUAGUUUUGAACUGGCUAUCGAAGGUACGUCUGUUAUAUUCUGCUCGUGUUGUCAUCAGGGCAGCGGCGUUAACUUGAUGGCUUUAGAGCUCCAUGUUAGGACUACUCGGCUCCUAACGACUAUGGAAAAGUCCCUUGAAGAGCAGCAGAAUCAUUCUAAGGCAAUGAUUUUCACUCCGAGUUUAGGAUAA